UUUUUCAAACGCACAAAAAGGGAAGAAUGCGAAAUCGGCAGUUGCAGGCCGCGCCGGUGGGAGAGAGGUCGCGCUCUCGCUGAGCUCUUUCUUCGCACGCCGCCCCGGUGGGCGACGGGUCUCGCUCACAUCACCACUUCCACUUUCCCCCCAUUUAGCUUUCUUCUCAUUUCUCCUUCAUUUUCUCCUCCGCAUCCGAUUGCCCAAUUCCCCAUUUUCCCCCAAAAUUCCACCCUCUUGUCUUCUUCGCCAUCUUGGUCCUUUUAUGUGCCACCACCCCACCAAUAAAACACCCCCAAUUUUCCUUUAUCUCUGUUUCUAUAUAUGUAUUCCUCUCUCGCUCUCUGAUAUUUUACCCGGAGAACGCAAUCGUUAGGUGUUUCUUCUUCAUGGGAUCCUUUUGAGAUAUAUAUGUAUUUUGUCUUUUUUGUGAGCUUUGUUACUGCUGUUAAAUAAUUAGAUUCUGGGUUCUCCGCUGAUUUUGGGAUAUUGAGAUGCCGGGAAUCGCCAUGGAUGAAGUUCGUGAAGAAAGAGCUGCGAACAAACAUUAUGGUACUUUGGUUCCUAUGGAAGAUCCGUACGGGAACAGGUCGCCCAAGAGCGGGUUGAGUCUUCAGAGCCCUGGAAGUGUUCAUGAUGAUAUCCCUGUUGAUGGCUUGGUUGAUACUUCUAUUGAGAAGCUUUAUGAAAAUGUCUGUGAUAUGCAAAGUUCGGAUCAGUCGCCUUCGAGGCGUAGCUUUGGAUCUGAUGGCGAGGAAUCCCGGAUCGAUUCUGAACUGAAUCAUCUUGUAGGGGGAGAGAUGAGGGAGGUGGAGAUAAUAAGGGAGGAAGAAGACAUUGUUGAGAAGCCUGAAAAUACUUUUCCUAGUGAUUCUGUGAAGGAUUCGCCAUCUGUGGAUAAGAAGGAGAAGACAGAAAAUACGCAAUCUGGAAGUUCAAAACGUCUUUCCCUUGGAAAGAAAGCUUCUCACUUGCAGUUGGACCAUGAGGCAUCCCCAAAAUCAAGUCCUAGGGGGAAGGGUUUGUCUGAUAGACCUCCCAUUGGCAGAAAGAAUGAAAAAAGUACGAAAAAACUUAGUCCGGUUGCCUCUCACACAAAGAAACAGAAAGAUUCACCUUUAAAAGGCUCUAAAUUGCCUAAUGGAACGGAGGAUUUAAAUGAAUCAAUGAUGGAUAAUCCUGAUCUAGGACCAUUUCUACUCAACCAAGCAAGGAAUUUAGUUUCUUCAGGGGAGAAUCUGCAGAAAGCUCUUCUAUUAGGUCUUCGCGCUGCAAAAUCUUUUGAAAUGUCUGCAAAUGGGAAACCGAACUUAGAAUUUGUUAUGUGUUUGCACGUCACAGCAGCUAUAUACUGCAGUUUAGGCCAGUACAGCGAGGCGAUACCUCUUUUGGAGCACUCCAUUGAGAUUCCUGCCAUUGAGGAAGGCCACGAGCAUGCGCUCGCCAAAUUUGCCGGUCAUAUGCAGUUGGGUGAUACCUAUGCAAUGCUGGGUCAGCUGGAAAAUUCUCUAGUCUGUUAUACAACUGGAUUAGAGGUGCAGAAACAAGUUUUAGGAGAAGCAGACCUCAGAGUUGGUGAGACCUAUAGGUAUUUAGCUGAAGCCCAUGUUCAAGCCUUGCAAUUUGAUGAGGCUGAGAAGUUUUGUCAAUUGGCUCUUGAUAUUCAUAAAAAGAAUAUUGGUCCUGCUUCUCUUGAAGAGGCUGCAGAUAGGAGGCUUAUGGGCCUUAUAUGCGAAACAAAAGGCAAUCACGAAGCUGCGCUCGAACAUCUUGUUUUAGCCGGCAUGUCCAUGGUGGCAAAUGGCCAGGAGAUGGAUGUGGCAGCAGUUGAUUGUAGUAUUGGAGAUUCAUACUUAUCGCUGUCCCGUUACGAUGAGGCUGUUUUUGCUUAUCAGAAAGCCCUUACUGUUUUCAAGACCACCAAAGGAGAGAACCAUCCAGCAGUUGGGUCGGUGUAUAUUCGUCUUGCUGAUUUGUACAACAAGACUGGGAAAAUGAGGGAAUCACUAUCUUACUGUGAAAAUGCCCUUCGAAUUUAUGAAAAGCCUGUCCCGGGGAUUCCUCCGGAGGAGAUCGCUUGCGGUCUUACUGAUAUUGCUGCUAUUUAUGAAUCAAUGAAUGAAGUUGAGCAAGCGAUCAAAUUAUUACAGAAGGCAUUGAAGAUAUAUAACGAUGCCCCGGGUCAGCAAAAUACCAUUGCUGGAAUUGAAGCCCAGAUGGGCGUAUUGUAUUAUAUGUUGGGAAACUAUUCUGAAUCUUACGACACCUUCAAGAUUGCAAUUCCGAAGCUCCGCAAUAGUGGAGAGAAAAAAUCGGCCUUCUUCGGUAUAGCCCUUAACCAAAUGGGGCUAGCAUGUGUUCAGAAAUACGCCAUAAAUGAAGCUGUCGAGUUAUUUGAAGAGGCCAAGACCAUACUAGAGCAAGAAUGCGGCCCGUAUCAUCCUGAUACUCUUGGGGUAUAUAGUAACCUUGCUGGAACAUACGACGCCAUUGGCAGGUUGGAUGAUGCAAUUGAAAUCUUGGAGCAUAUUGUUGGCAUGCGGGAGGAAAAACUCGGGACAGCGAAUCCUGACGUUGACGAUGAGAAGAGGAGGUUGUCUGAGUUGUUGAAAGAAGCAGGCAGAGUUCGGAGCCGAAAGGCGAGAUCGCUCGAGACUCUUCUCGAUGCCAAUACUCAUCCGGUAAACAACAAAGGCAUUAAGGUUUGAUAAAAGAUCGCACAUCAUCAGAGCGAUCAUCGUCGCCGUGUCUAGAACCGAUUCAGAAACAUGGCUAUUAGUUGUGGUUGAGUAAAUUCCUGAUCGUUGAGGUUGUUCGAAUACUAGGAUGCGGCGUUUUCGUGUGCGUUGUCGAUUAAGUUAUCAUGUAAGAAGUCAUAUUGUUCUUGUAUAUUUUUACAUGUAAGUGAAGACAUUGUCAUUUUGUAUAUCACAUUGUUCUGGAAUUACGAUAUUGUUUUGGAUACAGUUUUUGAAUGAAAUUACGUGGAUGAUGUCCCUGCUGUUGUAUUA